AUGGCGCCUACCGAGGUCUCCAAGUAUCUCAAGCAAUCUCACGAACGCAUCUUCGAGAACAACAAGAAAUGGGCAGCGGAAAAGGCCGCGAAGGACCCGCAUUUCUUCGAGAAGCUCCAGACUGGCCAGAAUCCAGACUACCUAUGGAUCGGUUGCAGCGACAGCCGCAUCCCUGCCGAGCAAAUCACAGGCUUGGGCCCCGGUGAAGCUUUCAUCCACCGCAAUAUUGCCAAUUUGGUCUGCAAUACGGAUCUGAACGUGAUGAGCGUGAUCAACUAUGCGGUGCGCCAUCUGCACGUCAAACAUAUCAUUGUCUGCGGACAUUAUGGAUGCGGCGGUGUCAAAGCCGCUUUGAGGCCGGCAGAUUUGGGUCUGCUAAACCCCUGGCUGCGAAAUAUCCGUGACGUCUACAGGCUCCACGAGGCAGAGCUGGAUGCAAUUGAAGACAGCAAGCGCUGUGAUAGGCUUGUAGAGCUGAAUGUAAUUGAGCAGUGCCGGAACAUCAUUAAGACGGCAGCCGUGCAGAAGAGCUUUUCCGAAAAUUCGUAUCCCAUUGUGCAUGGCUGGGUGUUUGAUUUUAAAGAUGGCCUGUUGACGGACCUGAAAAUUGAUUUUGAGGAGGUAUUAGCGGGGAUCCAGAAGAUUUAUAACUUGACGGAUAGGAAAAUAGUUAUAAAAUGGGGGUUGCCAUCACGGUGUCGAUUGGGCGUUGCGUGGGUUUCUCCAUCCACCCAAGACGCCUUAUUCAAGAUGGAGCGAUCUCUUGAUGCGUUCAAUAACAUUUCCAUUGGUAUCGACGAAUAUGACAACGAGGAAAUCGUGAAAGCUGUUGUCAGCAGCACUGAACAAAAAUAUAAAAAGACACUUGCUGUCUACGACAGGUUCCGUGAGCUACAUCCCUGGGCCACCUCCCCGCCUGACAUACGGAGCUUCAAGGCCUUUCUGGAGUUUGUGGCAAGAGGUAUUAAAGGUCGAAUAUUUGACAAACCUAUCCCCGAUACAGUAGAUGGGUGGCGCAGGGAUUUCCAGACGGCAUGGCAGCGUGAACGGAAAUACACCUUCCCAAAAACUGUUACCAGCACAAUGUGCGAGUUCAUCCGUGGGCCGCUUCGGGAAAGGCUCAGUUUACAAUUUGUUGAGAUGGACAAGAAUUGUGUUUCACCCAAUGAAAUUGGUGUUGUUCUAACACAAUUGUGGUGUAAGGAUUAUCAUGAGUAUCGGGGGAAAUCAAGAGACCGAAGUAGGGUUGCCGAAGCUGCUGCAAUCCUUAUGUACUGUUACACAUCGGCAAGGACGGGCGAAGUCCAUGAAUCAACAGCAAGACGGGCUAGAACUCGCAAAGGACAAUCUGACACUGAUUUAAAUGGCGAGGACAUGGCUGCAAAGGCACUCGCGGCUUGUUACAAGCAUUUUAUCCUGACCAUCGAAAGAGUCGACGGUAAAACAAUGCUUGUGCUCACGUAUCAAAGAGAAUAUGUCAAAGAUUACUACUUCAGGAAAAAGUGGCAACUUCCCCUCCAUGUUUUCUAUGAGAUCUACAAGGAAAGGUUGCCGCUUAUGUUCAAUCUCCUUGUUUACUUUCUGCCCAUGCUAUCUGGGGACAACGCCUUCCGCGACUAUCGGUCAGUGGAUGAACUGGUGGAUGACAUGGAGCAUCUCGACAGGACGGAUGCGAUAAAUGACGGAGAUGUUCACCAGAUUCAUUUUACAGAUGCUCUGGCAGAUGUACCAGUCUUCCGGCCGUUCAAUGAGCUACGUAUUCAGGACUCAACUGGCAAGUCAAGGAGAUGGGCUCUUAUGAAAGCUGGUAAUAAAUUCACUAAAAAUAACGCAAGCAACAAUCACUACUCUGAAACCGCACGAAUGAAAUUCGCAGGACAGAUUUCACGGGACAUGUUUGGAAGACACUACGCGCACCCUCUAAGUGAGAUCGAUGGACCGGCCACAUUCCUUAAUAUCGAUCGCCGUAGCGAGCACGUCGAUAACCGUCGGUCGAUGGCGAUUCACAGAAAACCAGGUUUGUGGCAGUCACUACCAUCCAAGGAAGAAGUCGAAUUUCAAGCACAACGCGACGUGAUCCAGCUUGAUGAAGCGAUUGAUGAGUGUGCUGCUCAAAUCAGGAAGGCUGAGGGCACUGAGCAACAUGAGGUUCUUUCCAGAAAACACCGCAGGCUCUGUUACAAAAAGAAUCAGCUCUACAAGAAGGCGUUGCAGAAGUUCCAGGAUUCUCAAAGCCGAAAGCCCGGGGCCGGGCUGACCAUCAAACCAAAUGUGUUUGAGCAAACAUUUUUCGGCUAUGCGCGACGAGUUAUGCCAGAACGCGACGCCUUGGCCCAGAUACUGCCCAUGAAAGUGGAGUUACGAAGUCCGGAAGGCCGGAUGGCGCUUCGCGCAAUGGAAGCACUCUGUAACCAAAAUACUGACAUUGCAUAUCGCUCAAGUUUUCAGCCUGUUGAUGGAAAAUGCAUAUGUGGUGAAGAGAUGAAUAGAAAACAUCCUCACCGGGUGUGGCAACAUCUACACGAUUGUUAUUGCUUAUACCACAAGAGGCAGAGCCCCCACGGGUUUGCCAAGCUGUGUUUCGAAUGUGAUAUCUGGUUUCUGGUCGAAGAGGAGUAUAUUAAACAUUGCCAAGAACAUAUCAACAACCCUGAAGACCUCAUUCGGUGUGAUCGAGUGAUUCACCGCAAUGCUCCUGUAAAACCAGGAUUCUGUCCAUUCUGCUUAGGAUGCGAAACACUUCGCGCAGAUGAUCGUUUUAAACAGUUUAUUUUUGACAAUGUUGAUUGGUAUGACCACAUCGAAGCUCCCAUACACCCCUCACCUGUGGGACUAAAAGGACAGUUAUAA